UCUGUGCCCUCUCUUUGGACUGAUUCAUCCCAAAUCGCAAGCCAGUAAUUUAGCAAAGCUAAGCAAAAAGCAAAGGUAAAGGGUUAGGUGAAAGCGCAAUAAACCACACCCUCUCUUUGCCCUGCCCCGCAAACGAUUGGGAUUACGAGGAGGAGGACGGGGAGGCUCUUCUCCUCUGUCGUGUUGUUCUGUUCUCUCUUGUUGUGUUCCCUUUCCCUUUAGGUUGCUGGAACAUGAACGACAGCCCCUCUCUCUCUCUCUCUCUCUCUCUCUCUAGAGACAUGAUGAUGCAUUUACCGUCUCUUUCCUUUUAAUCUUUUUCGUCUGUCAAUCCCUCCCACCCUCUCUCUCUCUCUCUCUCUCUCUGUCAUUGAAGAGUCCGCCUAGGCAAACGUAGAUAGAGAGAGAGAGAGAGAGAGAGAGAGAGAGAGAGCAUAUUAGGGUAGGGAAGGGAAGGGAGGUAGAGAGGCCAAGGAAAGGAGGCAUCUUUGUUCUUUUUUCCCCCCAUUCCUAUUCAUCAUCUCCACCUUCGUCUUCAUCUUCUUCAUGCUUCUUAUGUGUGAGCGUUUAUUGCAUUCCCCCCUCCCCUUCCUCCUCAUCCUUAGCUUUUGCCUUCCUUAGCUAACUCAUCAACUCUUUCUCCUCCUCCUCCUCCUCCUCCUCUGUCAUACAAAUUACACAUUCAACCCAAUCCCAUCCCAAUCUCCCUUCCACCCCCCAUUGUUGUCUCCUCCUAGUCCUUUCUCCCCCCACCCUUUAAUGGCCGUUCAAGCCCAGUACCCCUCCAACGUUCUCCUCCUCAACAGCAGAAACGCGCCGGACGGUAUCGGGAUUGAUUGCUCGCUCCAGCCUCAGCCUGGAGGAGCAGGUGGAGGUGGAGGAGCAGGUGGAUUUCUUGAUCACCAGACCCACAUGUUGUUCUCCAAUGGAGGGGCCGCCACGAACACCCGCAAGAGAGGAAGAGAAUCCUCGGCCGCGGCCGCCUCCGCCAGCAACAACAUUGCCUCCUCCGGGAAUAUGAUUGCUAAUCCAUUCACUCUGCAGCAGCAGCCCCAGCCACUUCAGCUCAUAAACCUCUCUCAGCUCCAUUACAACCCCCGCCCCCAACAGUCCGGUGUCGUCUCGACCGGCCUCCGACUGUCGUUUAACGAUCAGCACCAGCACCAACACCAGCAGAGUCUCGUUCGCGAAUCGAUUAAUCCGGUUUCGUCGCUUCUGCCGUCUGAUGAUUUCGCAGCACACGUCAAGCAACAGAGAGAUGAGAUCGACCAGUUCCUUCUCGCCCAGGGUGAGCAGCUCCGGCGGACGUUGGCGGAGAAGCGGCAGAGACAAUACCGCGCGCUUCUAUGUGCGGCGGAGGAAACGGUUGCGCGGAGGCUGAGGGAGAAGGAGGCAGAAGUGGAGAAGGCCACGCGGCAGAACGCGGAGCUGGAGGCGCGCGCCGCGCAGCUCAGCGUCGAGGCCCAGGUGUGGCAGGCCAAGGCGAGAGCCCAGGAGGCAGCGGCGGCGUCGCUGCAGGCCCAGCUGCAGCAGGCCAUAAUCAGCGGCGGGCACGACAACAGGGCGUCGCCGGAGGACGGCGGUGGGUGCGGCGGGUCGGACGCGGAGGACGCCGAGUCGGCAUAUGUUGACCCGGACAGGGUGGUGGUGUCUUCUGGGCCAGGCUGCAGGGCGUGCCGGAGGAGGGUGGCGGUGGUGGUUCUGCUGCCGUGCCGACACCUGUGCGUGUGCGCGGAGUGCAACCGGGUGGCCCACGCCUGCCCCGUCUGCUUCACCGUGAGGGAGUCGAGCGUUGAAGUCUACCUCCCUUAGGGCCCAGGCCCGAAGCCCAACGACGGCCCGACGACAUGCCUGAAAAUUAAACGCAAAAAAGAAAAAAGAAAAAAAGAUGAUAUAUGAUGUAAUAAAUGAAAAAUGAAUCACCGUUAGAUUUUCCUUUCUUUUUUUUUUUUCUCCCCGGAGGGCCCUUUUUGGAGUGGAUGGCCCGUAGGUUACUGUACAUGGCCACUAGGUGAGUGGCAUUUUUUGGUUUUUUCUUUUUUUACCUUGAAAUUUAUUUUUAAUAUUAUUAUUUUAAUUAAAUUCUUUUAUUCUAUGGUUAUUAUUAUA